GUUAUGAAAUUGAUCUGAUCAUGUUGUUUGAACAGUUUAUCCUGACAUAGGAAAACUUUUGGAAAAAAAAGCUAAUGGCUUUUCAACAAUGGUGCUCUUGUUUAUUGGUUAGGCUUGGUUGGUCCCACUGUUUUUCUUAGCUUUCACUUCUCAAAUUUGCUGAGCCAAUGUGUAUAUAUGUUGAAGAGGUUCUAGUCCUUCUAUUUCACAAGCAGAGUUUACAACUUUCACUUCCACUGUAAGCAUAAGCAUAAUCAUUCUUUACCUAGUACGUUCCUAGUCUGUUGAGAAACUAUGGCAAACUCGGAGAAGGUCAAUGCUGGAAACCUCUCAGGCUCAGAGAAGACAACAAACACAGUAUGUGUUUCUACUGACGACGAAAACAUCAUUCUAAAUCCUCAGUUUGAGGAUGGCCUUAAUAAUUGGACUGGAAGAGGCUGCAAGAUUGCAUUACAUGAUUCCAUUGCAGAUGGUAAAAUCCUUCCAAAAUCCGGGAAAUUCUUUGCAUCUGCAACCGAACGUACACAAAGUUGGAACGGAAUUCAGCAAGAGAUCACUGGACGAGUGCAGCGCAAGUUUGUGUACGAAGUCACUGCUUUAGUUCGGAUAUUUGGCAACAAUGUCACUAUUUCUGAUGUACGCGCUACAUUGUAUGUUCAAAAGCCAGAUUUCCGAGAGCAGUAUAUAGGCAUUGCCAAUGUGCAGGCAACAGAUAAAGAUUGGGCUCAAAUUCAGGGAAAAUUCCUUCUAAAUGAUUCUCCCUCAAAAGUAAUUGUUUAUUUAGAAGGCCCUCCUGCAGGCACUGACAUUCUUCUAAAUACUUUGGUUAUAAAACAUGCAGCUAAAACACCGCCGUCAUCACCCCCGGAUUUUAAGAAUGUUGCUUUUGGUGUUAAUAUAAUUGAGAAUAGUAAUCUGGAUAAUGGUAUCAAUGGUUGGUCUCCUCUUGGUAAUUGUACUUUGAGCGUUGGAACUGGUUCACCGCGUGUAAUUCCGCCAAUGGCAAGAGACUCUCUCGGUCCUCAUGAAUCCCUGAGUGGACGCUACAUUCUUGUAACUAACCGCACACAAACAUAUAUGGGUCCUUCUCAGACAAUUACUGAGAAAUUGACACUCUAUUUAACUUAUCAAGUAUCUGCUUGGGUCCGGAUUAGUUCCGGAUCACAUGGGCCUCAGAAUGUGGGUAUUGCUCUUAGUGUUGAUGGCCAGUGGGUCAAUGGAGGGCAAACCGAAGUUGCUGACAGAAGAUGGCAUGAAAUCGGUGGUUCGUUUAGAAUUGAAAAACAGCCAUCUAAUGUUUUUGUUUAUAUCCAAGGUCCUGUUUCUGGUGUUGACUUAAUGGUUGCUGGACUUCAAAUUUUUCCUGUCGAUAGGCAGGCGAGGUUUAGAUAUUUAAGGGAGCAGACAGACAAGAUCCGUAAGCAAGAUGUUACGUUAAAAUUUUCUGGGCUGGACACAAGCGAGUAUACCUUUGUGAAAGUUAGACAAAUACAGAAUGAUUUUCCAAUUGGAUCAUGCAUCAAUAGAACAAAUAUUGACAACGAAGAUUUUGUUGAUUUCUUUGUGCAACAUUUUAACUGGGCUGUAUUCGGUAACGAGUUGAAGUGGUAUUGGACUGAGCCACAACAAGGUAACUUGAACUACAAGGAUGCUGAUGAUAUGUUAGACUUAUGUGAGAAGUACAAGAUAGACAUUCGCGGACAUUGUAUCUUCUGGGAAGUGGAUGGCAAUGUGCAGCAAUGGAUCAAAUCACUGAAUAAAAAUGAUUUAUCGGCAGCUGUCCAAAACCGCUUAACUGGUUUAUUGACUCGCUACAAAGGCAAGUUCAAGCACUAUGAUGUUAACAAUGAAAUGUUGCAUGGUUCGUUUUAUCAGAACAUACUAGGUAAAGAUAUAAGGCCAAACAUGUUCAAGACUGCACACCAACUAGAUCCAUCUGCUACGUUAUUUGUGAAUGAUUAUCAUGUCGAAGAUGGAUGCGACACAAAUUCAUCUCCAGAAAAAUACACACAACAGAUUCUUGAUUUGCAAGAUCAAGGUGCUCCGGUUGGGGGAAUUGGAAUUCAAGGUCACAUUGAUAGUCCUAUUGGACCUAUUGUUUGUUCAGCGCUCGAUAAGUUGGCUUCUCUCGGUCUACCAAUCUGGUUUACCGAGCUUGAUGUGUCUUCCACUAAUGAAUAUAUUAGAGGCGAUGAUUUGGAAGUUAUGUUGCGCGAAGCUAUGGCACACCCUGCCGUAGAUGGUGUAAUGCUAUGGGGAUUUUGGGAAUUAUUUAUGAGUCGCGACAAUUCACAUUUGGUGAAUGCCGAAGGUGAAAUCAAUGAAGCUGGCAGAAGAUUUCUUGAUCUUAAAGAAGAGUGGUUAUCUCAAACUCAUGGUCAUGUUGAUGAGCAAGGAGAAUUCAGCUUUAGAGGAUUCAGUGGUUUGUACAAUGUGGAACUUGUUACCUUUGAAAAGGAAAUUUCUAAGACAUUUUUUGUUGAUAAGAGUGACUCUUCAGGGGUGAUAUCAAUUGACUUGUAAGCCUAAGGAACUAUAUUAUGUGGUUGAUAUGACAUGCAUUUGUGAUUAUAAUCAAUUUUUUUUAUGUGGUUUGAUGAAAAUACUAAGUUUGUUAUGUAAUGUAAAGAUUGUUGGACUUUGCUAUUUUGGAAAAGAAAUAAAAUAAUAUUUGUUUGUUUGUUUGUUAUA